AAGUGGCAGAGGCGCAAAUAUUUGAACAAUCCGAGGGCCAUUCUGCCUGCAGCCCCUCGAACUUUCCCGCCUGAAACCCUCUCGCCUCCCUUGCCGUCUCCUAAAAUAUAGGGCCAUAGAACAGUGCCCACUAGUCUCUGCUCUCGGCCUGUUAACUGUUCUGCGUUCCCCUUCUACGGAGUAUUUCUUGCCCCCACUGAAUUUUUUUAUACUGAUUAAAUUGUCUUCACUCGUGGGAAAAAUCAAGUGGCAAGGGCUUGAUCUGGUUGGCGACCCAUGGUGGGAGGAAUGGUAGUCGCCGUGCCGAAUGGGGUGAAGGCGGAUGGCGCCCUAGCCGCCGCCGUCGCCGCCAAGGCAGAUUCUCCUAAAUCCGUUCUGGAGGACGAGAAAAUUUCUGAGUCCAAGACUGGGAACGCCUCCUUUGCCACAGAGUCAUUUAAGCAAGAGCAAGAGCACUCUGACGAUCUUGUGGAUGCAAGUUCGUCCCUGCCUGUUGACCAUGAAAUCGACAGUGCUGGUGUGCCCCCUGUUGUUAAGGCAGUCAAGGACGAAGAGCAGCUUCUGGAGCCCGUCAAGCAGGAUAAAGUUGAUGAUGAGGAUGCAAGUUUAUCUAUACCUAUUGACCUUGAGGCCAAGAAUGGUGAUGUAUCCCUGAUCACAGAAGCAAUGAAAAAGGAAGAAGAGCAGCUUGAGGAGGCGCGGAUUAAAGCAGAGGAAGAAGAGGAAGCCAGGAAGAGGGAGGAAGCUGCAAAACUUGCUUUUGAUCCUAAGGCGCGGUAUAGCAAAUUAGAUGAGCUGCUGACGAAGACACAGCUAUAUUCAGAGUUCCUGCUUGAGAAAAUGGAUAAAAUUGCUGAUGAAGUCGAACCUCAAGGUGAAGAGUCACCAGUAGAGGAGAAGAAGAAAGGACGUGGCCGAAAGAGGAAAGCUAAGGCUGCACCACAAUACAAUGAUAAAAAGGCUAAGACAGCAGUGGCAGCCAUGCUUACAAGAUCCCGUGAAGAUCGCCUUGCUGAUGAUUCUACACUCUCGGAAGAAGAAAAGUGUACAAAAGAGCAAGCCAAUCUUGUGCCUUUAAUGACUGGUGGGAAGUUGAAGUCAUACCAGAUCAAGGGUGUGAAGUGGCUAAUUUCGUUGUGGCAGAAUGGGCUAAAUGGGAUACUUGCUGACCAAAUGGGCCUUGGGAAAACAAUCCAGACAAUUGGAUUUCUUGCUCACCUGAAGGGGAAAGGCAUGCAUGGUCCAUACAUGAUAAUUGCUCCUCUUUCCACUCUCUCAAAUUGGGUGAAUGAGAUCUCGAGGUUUGUUCCAUCUGUUACCAGUAUCAUUUAUCAUGGAGAUAAAGUGGCCCGGGCUGAGAUAAGAAGAAAAUUCAUGCCUAAAACUGCUGGUCCUGAUUUUCCUAUAAUAGUGACUUCAUUCGAGGUUGCCAUGUUAGAUGCAAGGUUUCUUGCUCACUAUCAGUGGAAGUACGUCGUUGUGGAUGAGGGGCAUCGGUUGAAAAAUUCUAAGUGUAAGCUAUUUAGGGAGAUGAAGCGCAUACCAAUGGCUAACAAGCUCCUUUUGACUGGGACACCUCUUCAGAACAAUCUGGCAGAGCUGUGGUCACUAUUGAACUUCAUUUUGCCUGAUAUAUUCUCAUCGCACCAGGAAUUUGAAUCAUGGUUUGACUUUUCUGCGAAAGGAAGUGAAGAACCAGAAGAAACUGAAGAAAAAAGAAGGGUCCAUGUUGUUUCAAAGCUUCAUGCCAUUUUGCGUCCAUUCCUUCUGAGACGGAUGAAGGAGGAUGUAGAACAGAUGCUUCCACGGAAGAAAGAGAUAAUCAUUUAUGCUAACAUGACUGAGGUUCAGAAGCGAAUCCAGGAUCACUUAGUUGAGAAAAGUUUUGAUGUCUACUUGAAUGAAGAAUCAGAUAUUGUGUUGCGGAAACCUGGCAUCAAGGCAAAGCUAAAUAGUCUUUGUAUUCAAUUGAGGAAGAACUGUGCCCAUCCUGAUCUUUUGGAAGCUGCAUUUGGAACAACAAGCUUGUAUCCACCUGUUAAUAAGCUUUUAGAGCAAUGUGGCAAAUUUCAGCUUCUGGACAGGCUACUAACUUCCCUACUUGCACGCAAGCACAAGGUUCUAAUAUUCUCACAAUGGACAAAAGUUUUGGACAUUCUUGAGUAUUACCUAGAUUCAAAAGGCCUCGGGGUUUGCAGAAUUGAUGGCAGUGUUAAUUUGGAAGAGAGGCGGCGGCAGAUAGCAGAGUUUAAUGAUGUGAAUAGCAGUCUGAAUGUCUUCAUUCUGAGCACGCGGGCUGGUGGGCUUGGUAUCAACCUUACUUCUGCUGAUACAUGUAUCCUAUAUGACAGUGACUGGAAUCCUCAGAUGGAUCUGCAGGCCAUGGAUCGAUGCCACCGGAUUGGUCAAACACGCCCAGUGCAUGUAUAUAGGCUGGCAACCUCACAUUCUGUUGAGGAACGUAUCAUCAAGAGAGCUUUUGGGAAGUUAAAGCUAGAGCAUGUGGUGAUAGGGAAGGGACAGUUUGAACAAGAAAGAGCAAAGCCUAAUGUCUUAGCGGAGGGGGAGCUGCUGGCGCUGCUUAGGGACGAGCAGGACGAAGAAGACCGGAUGAUCCAGACCGACAUCAGCGAUGAAGACCUCUUGAAGCUGAUGGACCGCAGCGACCUGUCCGGACCACCUGGUGCUGCCGAUGCCACACCACUGAUCCCGCUGAAAGGUCCUGGCUGGGAGGUCGUGGUGCCAGCCAAGAGCGGUGGCGGUAUGCUCUCGUCGCUCACCAGCUGAGCGAUGUCUGCACCAUGUUUGGGUGCCCAUUUUGCUAGCCACUCGUCAAGCUGACGAUGAGGCGCGUGCUGGCCGCUGAUCAGGCGGAUAUUUUGCAUAUAUGCCCCCGAAAAACUGUUGACCUGGGUGUUCAGCCUGCAGCAAUAGGUUAGGCUGUGCUGUGAACUUGUGAUGCUCUCUUUAAGAUAGUCCUUGCACUGAUGUAGCUUUCUGUUGUUUGAACUGCUGCCUCAGAGCACCAAAUAGUGUCCUUAUUAUCAGGUCUACACUGUUUUUGUGGUAUGUGUCAGCGUGUGUGAGUUCAAACGAAGGUCUGCCAUGCCUUUUGGACCUCUACUUACCACGAAGGCCUGCAUGGCCAGCCUAUAUAGGAAGCUAAGAACGAAGGAAGAAGUCCA